AUGUCUACCCAGGUCCACAACGACAACCCCGCCUGCUGCAGCAUCCCGCCCGUGCAGUCCGACUACAAGCCCCAGGGGACAUACAAGCCGUACGCCGGCUUCCAGAAGGUCUACUUUACCGGCGACGAGAAGAGCGACAUUGCUCUUGUCGCUGUAUAUGACAUCUUUGGAUUCGCACCGCAGACCCAGCAGGGCGCUGAUAUCCUUGCUAAGCAGCUCAAGGCGACCCUCGUAAUGCCCGACUUCUUCGAGCCCGACGCGCCCUGGCCUUCGGACAAAUUCCCGCCCCAGACGGGCGAAGAGAAGGCCAAGCUGCAGGAGUUCUUCGGAGGAACUGCCAACCCGCAAAAGUCUGUCAACCGACUGAUUGAUGUGGUAAACCAAUUGAAGGCGGACGGAGCUAAACAUGUUGGCGCGUUCGGGUUCUGCUGGGGUGGUAAGGUCAACAUUUUGGCCGGCUCUGCCCCCAACACUCCCCUGGAUGCGGUCGCCGCUGUCCACCCGGCCAUGCUGUCCUCAGCGGACGUCGAGAACUUGUCGAUACCCUUGGGUCUCUAUCCGUCCAAGGACGAACCCACGGAGGAGUACAACAAGAUCCUGGAAAUUAUUGCUAAGAAACCUUUUGCCGCCAAGAACGACCACAAGCACUACACGACGAUGUUCCACGGUUUCGCCGCUGCUCGUGCUGACUUGAAUAACGCUGACAACAGAAAGCAGUUCGAGGAUCUAUAUUCCACUCUGGUUAAUUACUUCAAGAAAACGCUGGUGUGA